GCGCAUGCAUGAUUGAUUUUGGUGCGAAUAGCAUCGGCCUCAUAUCAUUCCAGGACACUGUCGCGCUGAAAAACAUAAAGUGUGCAAACAAUAUAAUUGGUUUAUUAAAAUCCGAUCGUACUAAAUGUAUCUUUUGAUUUUGCCGUUUUCCCGGUUUUGAAAAGAUAAAAAUGUUUGAGCACAAGCAAGAUACAUGGAUGCUAUAUCACUCUUUAUUGUCUGCUGCUAAUAAAACAAACACUGAUCAGGAAGUAAACAAUGAGUGUUAUCUUGAUAACUCAAAAGAUACAGUUGAAAUAAUUGCUGGGACUGUUAAAACAAUUCUCACCUACAAUUUACAAAAUGUGAAAAAUGAAUUGGAGAUCUUGGAAAUACAAGUACACAUUAAUAGAAGAACCCAUGCUGCUUUAUUUUUGACGUUGUUGAGGUCUCAUGGUAUAUCAUGUGAAGAGGCUGAUAGAUUUUAUGAGACAAUAGCGUCUAUAUUCCCAACAUUUGACUGCAAGCUAUAUGUACAACUUUGUUAUGAGUGCAGUUGGAGUGAAUAUUUUAUUGAGGUGGGGAAUAUUGAAAAUUACUUCCAUUGUGCAAAGCAACUUCCUUCUAAUAUCCUUGCUGUUCUUAUCAGGAAGCUACUUGAUAUAUCUUGGGAUGAAGAGAAUUUUCUUUAUUAUACAUGGCAUAUAAUUCUAGAAGUACUCAUUCACAAAUUUUGUGAAUCUGAAAAAUGUUCAGCACUUGCAAAAUGUUAUCCAUUCCAUUAUAAAUUUAUUUGUUCUGAAAAACCCCCUGUGUGUAUUACUACCAAUUAUAUAGCUGAUGAUAGUAUGAGUGUUGAUCCUAGUGCUAAUAUUAAUACAGAAAAUCAUAACAAUAUGAAUUUUGCAUAUUCCUAUGAUAAUGAUCUGAUGGAUCUUUAUAAAAGUUUAUAUCAGAAUCUGUGCUCUAAACCUGAACAAGGAACUGAAACUAUUACUUUUGUAAAUAUUCUCCUACAUGCUUGUAAAACACUGUUUAAAUUUUACAAAAAGAUUAUCUUUGAAAAAAUAACCCAUGUGCCUGAAGAAAUUAUGAAACUGCAAACAUUACUGGAACAUUUUCUUCAGAUAGAAUCAGUUCAAAUGAUACUUAAAUCUGCCAUUUCUGUGAAUGCAGACUGCUUGCUGACUCAUACUUUUAUGAUGGAAUCAUGGGGAAUCAAUGAAUGCUACCUUACUUUUCUUACAUUUUAUUCUUUGAAAGAUUUAAAGGAGUUUUUUCAUUCGCAAUCUGAACUAGCUAAUUUUGAAGACAUGACAUCAAACAUAAAAACGAAAAUUUUGCAUACACCAGUUUUUGAAAUUUUGAUAAGCUUAAAUCCUCUUCUUAAGGAAGAUCUAAGUGAAUAUAUGGAUAGUCAUAUGCCACUGCUUUUAAACACUAUAAAAUACCAUUAUCCAUCAGCUUCAGUUGCUGCUGAAAUAAUUUUAAUGCAUCCUGAAAUCUGGGAGGGAGAUAAUGUUAUUUCUACUUUAGAAGAGAACACAUAUUGCUUAGAUCCUGAAAAAACAUAUGCAUUGUUAAUAAAUUGUGCAAUGAAUGUUAAAUCGGACACAGUUAAAAUUUCUGUGGUGAAAUUGCUUCUUAAAGUGUUAUCCGAGGCAUCAGCUGAUAUUUACAAUGAAGCAUUGCAAUAUAUAUUGAAAACUUAUGGAUUCACUGAAAAACUAAGGUUGCCCGACUUCUGCAUUCAGUUGGAUCAGUUUACACGUAAAACACUUUCUUGUCAAGAGGCUGCAAGUUUUCUUCUUCCUUUAUUUAUUCAGUCACCAAAAGUAGUCCUAGAGAAUGUUAUUGAACAAGCUGUUCUGAAAGCCUCUAAAGACAAUGCCGUAAUUCAGACACUAAAGUAUGUGCCCAGUCUUUGCAAGUACCAAAGUUCUGAUGAAGAUAUACCACCUCUAAUAGAAGUAUUGGCACAAUACUAUUUAAAAGCACAACUAAAACUAGAUGAGUGGAAGGAUUUGAUGAUAUUAACUGAAAAUUUAAUAAAAGUUCAUGCAGAAAAUAACAUUUUGUCUAUUGAUUUGUUUCUAACCCAAUGCAUUAUGCCAGGUUUAAAAGUGGAAGAUGUUAGAAAAGCAGAUUUCCCUUUAGAAUGUCUCAAUGUAAGUUUCAGUAUUUUGCUUGAAAAGAAUGCUCUGUGUAUGACUUCUAGAACCUUCAUAAUGUUUGCCAAGACCAUCAUUCAAAUAAUUAAUGACUGUAUUCAAUCAAGUUGUGGUAGAUUGAAAGAAAUAGCUGCAAAUGUUUUAGCUCUUAUGGGAAAACUCCAAAAUUUUGCCGGGAUACUUGAUGACUCUUCUAAAGCAGAACUGUGGUUAGAAGUUUCUUCAUGUAAUCCCAUUGUCUUCUUAUACUCAAUUGAAAUUUUGCCACUAAAUUUAGAUAUGAAUGAAUUAUCUUUGGAACUUGCAUGGAUGUGGAGCUGCAUUACAAAAGAUAUUAAUUUUUAUGAAGAUAAAAUUGCAACAUGUGGCAUUUCAUAUAUAUCUCUCUUGAAUAUUUUAAUUCCAUUACUGUUGCAUAGCUCAAAAUCUGAAUGGCUUGAUUCAGCUCAUUUUAUCAAGAUAUAUUUGAAACAUGCGGAAAACAAAAGAAAAGCCAAUGAAAAUAUGCCAUGGGUGUUUCCUAAAAAUAAUUCUAGCACUUACCUUGUGUUUACAUGUCUUCUGGAUUGCCUUCAUUUCAUUCUACUGGAUAAACCCACAGAAAUUGCUUAUAUUAUAAGCUGUUUUUCAAAUACUGUGAUGGUAUAAAUUUCUUUAUUUUAGUU